GUGAACUACCAUUUCCCAUGUUAAAAAUGUAUCUUUUAAUCUUCUCCACAGGAAAAUUUGGCCUUGGCUAGCUGCAGCCUGCACUCAUAGCUUCUCCUCAGACCAAAUCUCUCUGCCCGGCGGCCACUUCGUUCCAACAGCCAGCUAGUCGGCUACCGUCUGCUACAUCGCAUUCUACCUCAUACAUUUGUGUAAAUAAAUAGUCGUUUACCAAUUUAUCCAAUCUCCCCAUUGAAAUCAGCGGCAUUCUCUCCCAAUCUCCCCAUCAACGCCACAGUUCCGCCUCUAAACCCUCGCAAGUCUCAACACAGCUUAACUGCAUCUAGUAUGCUGCCGUACGCCACCAUACAAGAGGCAGAAGCCACCCUGGGCCGACCCCUCACGGGCGUGGAGACAAUCUGGUUCAACUACUCAGCCACCAAAUCUGACUACUUCCUCUACUGCCACAAUAUCCUCUUCCUCUUCCUCAUAUUCUCCUUUGUCCCUCUCUACUACUACUUCCUUGAAUUUUUCCUGAAGAACUAUAUCCGCUCCUACAAGCUUCAACCAAAAGUCAAUCUCACCCUCUCUGAAUCCUUCCGCUGCUACAAAUCAGUCAUGCGCAUGUUCAUUCUCGUCGUCGGCCCUCUCCAACUCGUAUCGUAUCCCUCUAUCAAAAUGAUUGGGAUAAGGACAAGUUUGCCCUUGCCGCCAAUAUGGGAAAUUGUGGCCCAAUUGAUGGUGUAUUUCUUAGUAGAGGACUAUACCAACUAUUGGAUUCACAGGUUUAUGCAUUGCAAAUGGGGGUAUGAGAAUAUUCACAAGGUUCACCAUGAGUACACAGCUCCAAUAGGAUUUGCAGCACCAUAUGCACACUGGGCGGAGAUUUUGAUCCUUGGGAUCCCGUCUUUUCUAGGGCCUGCCAUGGUCCCAGGUCACAUUAUUACAUUCUGGUUGUGGAUUGGGCUGAGACAGAUUGAAGCCAUUGAGACGCACAGUGGGUAUGACCUUCCUUGGACUCCCACAAAAUAUAUUCCUUUUUAUGGUGGUCCAGAUCACCAUGACUACCAUCAUUAUGUUGGUGGCCUAAGUCACAGCAAUUUUGCUUCAGUAUUCACCUAUUGUGAUUACAUCUAUGGAACUGACAAGGGCUACCGCUAUCAAAAGAAAGUACUUCAGCAGUUACGAGAAGCCUCUAAAAUCAACAGUGAACAAAAUGGAUUUUCACAUGCAGGCGAGGAAGAUGUUAAAGUUGACUAGAUCUGGAGCUUCAAUUACAACCUUCUUAUUUCUUUACUAGUGAAGUUGUGGGAGCAUGAAGUCGGGCGAGUGCUUUGUUUUUAGUGUGCUAGUCUCAUAGAUUUGGAAGUUGUUAAAAAGUGGUCUUGUGUGGACCUAGGGGAGAAUUUUAUGUAUUAGUGAUAAAGUAAAAGUGGUCAUUUGACAGUACGUUUAAUUGUGAAUUUAUGAUUAUGAAAUUUGAAACAAGUUUUUUACC